AUCUCCCUACUGAAGCAGAAUCUGGAGAUGCAGCUUUCCCAGUCACAGAGCUCUCUGCAACAGCUACAAGCCCAGUUUAGUCAGGAGCGGCAGAGGCUGACUCAGGAGAUCCAGGAAUUAGAAGAGGAGCAUCAGCAAAGGCAUAAGUCACUUCAGGAAGCCCAUAUCCUUGCCUUUCAAAACAUGGAAGAAACAAAAGAGCAAGAACAAAAGGAAUUAGAAGAACGUUUACAACAGAAGCACUCGGAAGAACUUCAGGCACUGAAAGAAACACAUAAACAAGCCAUGGAAGGUUUCAAAUUGGAGAUGGAACAGGAACUUCAGACUCUACGAUUUGAGCUGGAGGAUGAAGGCAAAGCUAUGUUAGCUUCCUUGCGCUCAGAGCUAAAUCAUCAACAUGCAGCAGCGAUUGACCAGCUGAGGCACAACCAUCAGCAAGAACUGGUAGCUGCCAAAAUGGAGCUUGAAAGAAGCAUAGAACUCGGCAGGCGACAGGAGAAAGAAUUUUUAUGCCGAAUAUCAGAUCUACAAGAUGAACUGAGACACCGAGACCAUCAUAUAGCUGAACUGGACAAAGAAAUUCUGCAUCUUCAUGAAAAUAUAAGUGCAUUGACCAAGGAAUUAGAGUUCAAAGGGAAAGAAGUUCUUAGAAUACGCAGUGAAUCAAACCAACAGAUCAGGAUGCAUGAGCAAGAUUUAAGCAAGAAACAUGAGAAAGAGCUGGAUGUCUUGACAGCAGAUCACAUCAGAGAGAAACAAAGCAUGCUGGCAGAUUUUAAUAAGACCCAAGAGCUGCUCAAGGAAAUUAAUUCAGCUUUACAAAUUUCUUUAGAAGAAAUGGAAGAAAAAUAUAAAAACAGAGAAUCAAGACCAGAAGACUUGCAACUUAUCUCAGAACUGAAAGACCUAAUUGCAGAGCGGGACCAACUCAUAAAGAAAUUGAUUGAGGACAAAAAGUUCUAUCAGCUGGAGCUAGUUAACAGGGAGACUAACUACAACAAAAUGUUUAAUGCAAGCCCUAAUGUUGGUGUUAUUAAUCCAUUGGUGAAGCAAAAGAAGAAGAACGAUAAAUCAACAAACAGGUUUGUGAGUGUCCCCAAUCUAAGUGCUCUGGAAUCUAGCGGAGUGGUGGGCAAUGGACAUCCUAACCGCCUGGACCCCAUUCCCAACUCACCCAUCCACGAUAUUGAGUUCAACAGCAGCAAACCACUACCACAGCCAGUGCCACCCAAAGAGCCCAAGACGUUUUUGAGCCCUCCUCAGAGUGAUGCUUCACCAGUGGCUUCACCAGAUCCACAACGCCAGGAGUGGCUUGCCCGGUACUUCACGUUCUGAGAGACGAUUAGUUUUUGUGGCACAGCGUAAUGUGGACUGUUUUAUAAGAGCAUGACCUUAAGUAAACCCUCAUGUGAACAAGCUUUCCUGUAAUUUGUCAAACACUGUGAAUGAGAAAGUAUUUGUCUUUCUGAUUUGAAACGGCACUGUAUUUCAUGUUAUAUUUGUUGGAAUCACUUGCCAUGGUACUACUAUAUAAUGUGUGUAAUUCUAACUAUUAUUUUUAUUUAUAAUGGAAGAACUUUAAACUUUGUAAUUACUACAUAAUAAAUUUUGGUAGAACAAACAUAAUGCUUUCCCCCUUUUUCCUAUAAAUGUGUUUUCUUUGAUUUCAGAUAAGGCUCUUCCCCAAAAAAUAACGUAAUUGCAUGGUUACUAUAAAUACAAUUUAAAUUGUAAAAGGAAAAAGUAUAUAUUACUCUCUCUCAAGUUUGGGCAGGAUGUGCUUAAUGCAUCCCAGUUCUAUUCUGUUACUUGGUGGCAGUUUAAAAACUGUCUCUUUCUAACAUUUAAAAGG